AUGGAGCCCGAGGUUUCGGAGCCUGAGCAGUUCUGGAAUGAACUCCAAGAAAUCGUCUCCAAGCCGUGCGACUCCGAAGACAGCAUCGACGACGCUCUGCGAGAGUACUUGAGCUUCUCAACCCAGUACAAAGAUGAAUACCUCAGCGCAGACUACGAUAUCUCACGCUGCUCGUAUAAGCUCUUUGCUUCGAGCAUCUUCGCCGCACACGCGGAUUAUGUCCGGAGGCAGAUUAUCUACGGUCUCUUGCAGGAAGAUGAUCCGAAUACCCUCCAUCUGAUCGCGUCGUUUCUGCUCUUCGACGGUCGGCAAAAUGAUGUGGCGCUGCAGAUGAUGAAUGGGGAGGGCGCAUUUGCGCGACUCCUCGAGUUGAUACAGGCGCUGCGGAAGGAGGAGAUGGACGGUGGGCCGGGUCUCCACCGGCUUUUGAUGGACUUGUUAUACGAGAUGUCGAGGAUUCAACGCGUGAAGAUUGAAGAUUUGGUGCUUGUGGAUGACGACUUCAUUCGAUGUCUCUUUGAUAUUAUCGAGGAUCUCUCCUUUGAUGUCACGGAUCCUUAUCACUAUCCUGUGAUUCGAGUUCUGCUGGUGUUGAAUGAACAAUUCAUGAUUUCGGCCCACAAUCCUGUGGAUGAAGAACAAUCUUCAGGCCAGUUGACCAACAAAGUCAUCAAGAUCCUUUCGGCGUAUGGAAGUCUGUACAAAACCUUUGGCGAGAAUAUCAUUCUGCUUAUCAACCGUGAAGCGGAAACCUCGUUGCAACUGCUAACGCUCAAGCUUCUCUAUCUGAUUUUCACUACUCCAAGCACCUAUGAAUACUUCUUUACCAAUGACCUCCAUGUCCUGGUGGAUAUCUUGAUACGGAAUCUUCUUGACUUGCCUGAAGAGGCCGCUGCCUUGCGACAUACCUACCUGCGUGUCCUCUAUCCGCUUCUGGCACAUACACAGCUGCGACAGCCGCCUCAUUAUAAGCGAAAUGAGUUGAGAAGGUUGCUGAACAUCCUCGUUCGAGGCCACGUCUCUUAUGGAAGCGAAUCCGAGCAAGCAAAGAUGCUUCACUUCGAAGAAGUCGAUGAAACCACCCGACGACUUGUUGCCAGAUGUGCGACGGUUGAGUGGUUACGAGAUCCAGAACAACCAGACGAGGCGCCUAGUCAGGAUACUCCCACUCAGGCGGUCACUGCCACGAUUGAUACAGUUCUCGAUCAGACUAUUCAAGAGUCCCCUAUAGAUAUCGGCGAGUCACUCCAAGUAACUCGCACUCUCUCCCGCGGCAGUAGUAUCGGAGACUCCCCUGGUACCGCAUCACCCACAAGAAUAAACUCGAUGGACUCUCGAGGUUCUUCAGAGGCGCCAGUAUCCCGCCGGAAACUCAGCGCCGUGCAGCGGCUCGGCAUGCAUGAACCAGCAUCUGCAUCCACUCUCAGCGUUCAAGCCGUUGCCUCACUGCAUGAGAAACCCGGUAUCAUCACUCCAAGCCGCAAUGACGGCCACACUGACAACGACCUUGCCGCCGACACCCCGAUCAUCCGCGUGCCAAAGGUCAAACCUGAGCCACCCAAAGCUCGACGUUGGCGAGGCCGGCGUCUAGCCGUUGAUGACGAAGAUCAACAACAACAACACUCUGCAGGUACCAGCAGUGACCGCAACACAAUCCCCGAAGGCGUGGAAGUCAGCCCUACGUCCACGCACACGGCCCCGUCACCGUCAUCUACGACACCGUCUUCUCGGGCAGCUCCUGGGGAACGGCGCAAUUCCACCAACACUUCACACCUCGUCCCUCCAGUCCCUGUACACGCCCAUCGUUCCGCAUCAAAUCCGCCCCCAGCUGUUCCUCCACCGCGUCGCUCGGGCCAGACGACGCCUUCGUCCAGCCACCAGCGCCAGACACCACCACCAGCUGGAGCAGGCCCUGGACCAGGGAAGCACGGGCAGAAGCCACUCCCGCCAAAAACACGGCGCUGGGGUCGCGGCAAGCAGCAUUCACAGACCGACUCGAUCGAGAGCGGGACAAGCUGCGGCAGUCUAGCUAAGGAGAACGAAGCAGAGGCCGUGGCCAUGAGCACGCUACCUCCGAGCCAACAACCGCAGCCACCAGAGGACGGCGCACUUUCAGACCCAUUCUCACCAACCUCGCCCACAUCACCCACGCUGCUGGUACCACCGUCCGAUAAGCCCGAGGGUGGGAAUGCACCGGUGAGCGUGGAAGAGGCAGUGCAGAAUGUAUCUCUUCACUAG